AUGGAAACAGCACAAAUUCUUAUAAUUGUUCUAAUCAUUUCUGGGAUUGUUUGUGUAAGUGUGUCUUUAGGGGUGGGUAUUAUGAGCUUGCUAGAAGAUUACUGGAUAGAUUAUGCCUAUAGCACCACCGUGUCGACCACCGUGUCAGGUUUGCCCGCCACCGUGGUGGCAGUGGCCAAAGCCAACAUUGGCUUGUUUACUACGUGUUAUAACAUCGAUACAACGACCACAGUCAGCACAGGUUUCAGUACAAUCACCACCAACCAGAACUCCAAUGCCUGUGUUGCUUCUGAAACUACGGGUUACAUCAGUAAAGACACGGUUACUCUGAUACAGGAAGUGGGAAAGGCUGCAGCUGCCCUCAUUGGUUUGGCCCUACUGAGUGGAAUCGCUAUUUUAGUUCUCGUCUUCUUCAACAAACUCGCUAAACCUGUUUGUUUCGUUUCCCUGACACCAGCUGUCUUAGCUCUAGUAUCUACUGUGAUGAUUUUGGCGGCCAUUCUGAUUCUUAAUGAUGCGCUGGUUACCGGAAUGUCCUUGGGAGACACAGCUGUCUAUGGCUAUGUUGCCACUGUUUUUGCUUUCGUAUCAACAGUAGCAUACUCAGUUGCAGCAGCACUCAUCAUUAAAUCGGCCAUCGAUGCCUCUAAAACAAAGGUGACGAAAAUCACUCCGCAUGACGACGUUAAAGAAUCUCAGACAGACGAGAAGUGA